UAAAAAAUAUUUUGAAAUUAAAUAAAAUAUUAUUUUUUUUAAAACUAUUUUAUUUUUUGACAGUAUUACAUAUAAUAUUCAUAAUUAUGAUGGGAUCAUCAUCUGCCACUCUUUCAAAUAAUAAGGAAAAUAUAGGCAAAUAUUUAUCUGCUUCGUAUAAUAAUUUUACAAAAGAUCUUUAUAAAGAAUUGACUUCUACCAAUGUAGGAAAUAUUGUUAAUUCACCAUUAAUAAUACAUAUGAUAUUGUCUCAUCUUUCUCAUGGUGCAGAAUCUACUACUUUAGAUGAAUUAACUAAGAGUCUUUAUCACUAUAAUAAAAUUUUAAUACAAGAGGGAUAUAAAUCAUUAAUUAUUAAAUUAAAUGAAUUGUCCUUGGUUAAAUUGUAUAUUGCGAAUGCAAUGUAUAUUCAAGAUGGAUUUGAAAUAUUGACAGAAUUUUUAACAGUAGGAAAAGAUAUUUAUCAAUCUGAGAUUUCAAAAGUAGAUUUCAAAAAUAAUGUAGAGGCAUCUCAAAAAAUCAAUGCUUGGGUUAAUGAAAAAACAAAUAAUAAAAUAUCUUAUUUUAUAUCUUCAGAUAAUUUUAAUGAGAAUACAAAAUUAAUAUUAAUAAAUGCAAUAUAUUUUAAUGGUACUUGGUUAAAUACAUUUAAUGUAAGAGAUACAAAAGAUAGAAUAUUUCAUGUAUUAAAAAAUCAAACAAAAUUUAUACCAACAAUGUAUAGUAAAUCUAAAUAUACUCAUGGUGAAAUGCCAAUUUUGCAAGCUAAAUUUAUUGAAAUUCCAUACAAGAAUCCAGAUGUUGUAAUGAUAAUAAUAUUACCAAAUCAAAUAGAUGGUCUUUUAAAUUUGCAAACUAAUUUUUCAUUUGAAAUGCUUGCAAAUACAACUCGAUCCAAUAAUGAUAUUGAAUUAUAUCUUCCAAAAUUUAAAAUUGAGUUUACAGUGGAUUUAAAAAAUGUUUUGAAUAAGCUUGGUUUAAGUACAAUGUUUAAACCAAAUGCAAAUUUUAAUCGUAUUUCUAAUACACCACUAAUGGUUGAUAAAGUUUUGCAUAAAGCAAUUAUAGAUAUUAAUGAAGAAGGUACUGAAGCUGCAGCUACAACAGCUGUUUUUUUAAGACUUCGACGUUGUACAUACCCGGAGGAAACAGAAAAAUUUAUAGUUGAUCGACCCUUUAUGUUUAUAAUUGAAUAUAAACCAAACAACAUACCACUUUUUAUUGGGAAUGUACAGGAUAUAGAAGUUACUUCACAAAAAGAUGAAUUAUAAAUUCCUUUUAUAACAAGGAUUAAUCAAUAAUUAUUAAAUUAAAACAUAUAUCUUUGUUUUUAAUAUGUAUAUAUAUAUGUAUAUAUAUAUAAAUUAUUUUAUAUACG